UGAGUCGGUGACUUGACUUUUUGACCCCGGCCCAUGCCAUGUCGCUAAGGUUGUGGAAAGUAGUUGCGAAAUAGUUCGCGAAAAUGAAGAAAGUAGUUGCGAAGGUUGCGAUUUCUUCCUAAACAACGAAAAGUUGCGAAAAAAGUGGCGAGCAUCUUUGGGUAAGGGCUACCAGGGACGGGUGUGAGCUAGGACUAGUAGUAGUACUAGUAGGAGGACAGGAGGAGCGAACGAGGUGACACCGCAUGCCAUGGAAAGACAGACGAUGUAGAUCUACUUAUGCAGUUAUGGAGCGUGCGCCCCGAUGAGAACAGUCAGCCUGUUUACAUGUUGUUGGUUUAGCUCAGACGAACCAGUUGGUUUUAUCCGCUGCUCGUCUUGCAAGCCUUGUUGCUCGUGCUCCGACUCCCUGUCACAGUGGAGCAUACCACCUGGCGUCUGCAACAAUGUCUUCUCCUACUGGCAGCUGCUCUGGAACGCUGGACGGCCAUUACGACUACGUGGUGGUGGGUUGCGGCGGUAUUGGCAGCGGAACGCUCUACUGGUUAGCACGGACCUUGGGACAGACGAAACGAAUUCUGGGUCUGGAGCAGUUUGAGCUGGGACACUCCAAUGGCGGCUCUCAGGAUUACUCGCGUAUAGUGCGUCUGACAUACCAUGUGGAGGCGUACACAAAGCUGGCCAGGGAAGCUAUGGACGCAUGGCACAUAGUGGAGCAGGAAGCCGAGCAUAAGCGUGUCGAUCACUGCGGAAGCAUACAGCUCACAGAGAAAGGCAGUCCAUUCAUGGUUGACACGGUGCAGGCAGCCAUCAAACAAGGCAUGAAGUACGAACACCUGACUGGCAGCGAGUUUAACCGACGCUACCCACAGUUCAACGUGGACGACUCCGUUGAGGCUCUGAUCGAUCCCGAAGGUGGCUUGGUGGAUGCUGCACAGGCUAAUGCUGUUCACGUAGCGCUGGCUCGGCAGCGUGGAGCAACGGUUGUUGACAAGUGCAAGGUGUUCAGAAUACAGCAGCAGAGUGCCUCACAGUUGUAUGAGAUUUCAACAUCUUGUGGCAAGGUCACCGCCGAUAAGAUCAUUGUCACUGCAGGUGCAUGGGCAAACCAGGUCCUGGGAAAUUUUGGAGUUCACAUCCCGCUGACCAUUACGCAAGAACAGGUUCAGUAUUACGCCACACCGCACAUCCAGGACUUCCUGCCGGCAAAAUUUCCCGUCUGGAUCUGGGUGCAUGACAAUUUGAUCUUUUACGGCCUGCCCAUCCAUGGUAUCAUGGGUGUCAAGAUUGCCAUCGACUGUGGUGGUGCAGCAGUCACAGCCGACCAGAGGAGCUUCACACCAGACAAGCUCAACACAGAGAAGACAGAUGAGUUUGUUAAGAAGUUCUUUCCAAAGGCAUACGGCCCGAAGGCCCUGGUUAAGACAUGCCUCUACACAAUGCCACCGGAUCGUAACUUUGUCGUGGACACCCUGGCUGGAUACGGGCACCCGAAUGUGUCAGUCUGUGUUGGUGGUGGACAUGCCUUCAAAUUUGCAAGUGUACUUGGAAAGGUGCUCACUGAUUUGUCAACAAAAGGUCGCACUGCAACAGAUAUUGCACUAUUCUCUCUGUAUCGUGCAGCACUGACGGACCCCAAUUAUCCCGAUCUCUGCCGACAGUUUGGCAUAGAAGAUGUGGAAACCAAAAGCAAAUUAUAAAAAUCGCUCCAAAUCGUGGCAGCGCAGCAGGCAGGGCUUUAGACGGAAAAAUAGUUCCGAGAUGCAAUAAUAUGCAUUGUUUUAGGUACCUUCUCCCAUACCAUUUUCUACGUACCUUCUCCCAUACCCUUUCCUGCUGGCCUGCAUACACCCCGUACUCACCUUUUGAUUCUGUUGGCAUGGAUAGCUACCGCUGCACGCCCAUAAUUGCCGUAGCUACCCAGCUGAUAGCUUUCCUUACCAGCAUCUAGCAACUUUUCUCUCUCUCUCUCUCCUCUCUCCUUUCUCUCUCUCUCUCUCUCUCUCUCUCUCUCUCUCUCUCUCUCUCUCUCUCUCUCUCUCUCUCUCUCUCUCUCUCUCUCUCUCUCUCUCUCUCUCUCUCUCUCUCUCUCUCUCUCUAUCUCUCUCUCUCUCUCUGCAAUUAUGGCAGUCAAGUCAUAUUACCGUGUUACUUUGUGCGAUGUAAUUAUUGCAGUCAAGUUUCAACAACUACAACAUCCAUUUUCACAAUGUUUCCUUUCAGAAAACCUGUUUUAUUAUUACUAGAAUACAAAUCACAAUUAUUUGAUACUUGCUUCUUCUACAUAUUUGAGGAUAGAUUUUGACGAUCAAAGACCUGAAAAACUUGAUUGAUUUAAGGGAGUUAGCAAUGACAACAAUUUCAUAAAAGUUGGAUUUGUUUGGUCUCGGGUAUAUCACUAUAUUCUAUAAAUGGAAGUUGAUGAGAGAUCUGCCCAUCCA